GCGAUCCCUUUACCUCCACUAACUCACAAAAGGUGGCAUUGACCUCUACUUCUCAAGGGGUCUCCCCUCCUCUCAUCGAGGGGUCUUCUGGAUGUGUUGGAGCAUCAUCCUCUCCUUCGUCAAUGGAGGUAGCAGGGGCUCUGGAGGCCAAGCUCCUCUCCUGCAAGGGUUUUCCUCUUCCUGGCCUGUUGAGAAGACUCCUCGCCUACGUGUGGAGGGUUUACCGAUAA